GGAGGAGGAAAGCAGCCUUCUUUGCACAAAGGGGGAAAAAUGGAGAUCAGAGGAAAGAAGGAAGGAGGAGACAGAUGAUAAAAUGCUGGCUGGAGGGACUAUAACUUCCAGUGUGUUGGAGGGACUAUAACUCAAAAUGCUUAGCACAGCAUCAUUCCAAAAAUUCACAAAACAGGGAUGCCUUUAUUGGGCCAACCAAAUCAAAUCCAAUCAAAAUAUCCCUGUUUUGUGGGUUUUUGGAAUGAUGCUGUACUUUGCUACAUGGCCAACAUGGUUACCCCUGGAUAGGUUUUUCCAAAUGCUUAUUUAUUUAUGAUACCAUUUGAAACCUGCUUCUUGCGUAAUCACAUAACAUCACAGUGCUUUCAGAGCAGCAUACAUGCAAAUGGUUUCUUAAAAAAUGAAGCAAUCCCAUCUGUGUGGCAAAGGGGGGGGGGGUAACUCAACAUGCUUAUUUAUUUAUUAUACAGUACAAUUUUUAAGCCCACUUCUUGCAGAAUAAAAUAAAGUAAGAGUGCUUUUAUGAGUGAUUUUUUAAAAAAAUCAAUAAAGCAGACCUAGCUCUGUGUGUGUGUCUUUGAAGAAAGGAAUAUACAAUUCAAAAUGUUUAUUUAUUUAUCACAAUUUUAAGCCUGCUUCUUGCAAAAAUGAAUAAUUAAACACACUUUCAGAGCAGCUCAGAUACAAGUGAUUUACAAAGAAAAGAAAAAGAAGAGGUCCCAUCUGUGCAUGAGAGGGAAUAUAACUCAAAAUGCAUUGGCUAUGCUGGCAAAGCCUGCUGGGAGUUGCUAUCCCAACAAUAAUGUGAAGUCACCUCCAGAAUAAGGUCUUGAAAACGCUGAGAAAGACUUUCGUCUGAAUCGCUUGUUGGGUGCAAAAUGCAAAAUAUUUACUGCGGUACCUCUGUUUUCUUGGCAGGAUUUGUUCAGAGGAGAUUUGCCGUUGCCUUCCCCUGAGGCUGAGAGAGUGUGACUUGUCCAAGGACACUCAGCGGGUUUCAUGGCUGAGCUGGGAUUCAAACCCUGGUCGUAGACCAGCACUCAAACCACUACACCAUGCUGGCUGUCAUUUGGUACUGUAGCCAAAUUAUUUUGCUGCUGGAAAGUGCAAGUUUAGAUCAACUUGAGGGCAUUCAUUGCGUUGUUUGGAAUCUAGUACCAUAAGCAUGGUUGUUGUUGUGUGGCUUCAAGUCGUUUCCCACUUAUGGAGACCCUAAUCUUAUCUUGGGGUUUUAUCCAUGGAUCUAAACAUCCAUGGCUUGAAACUAUUCAAAAGAAGUAUAAAUUCCAAAUAGCAAACCUUGAUUUUGCCCUUUUAUAUAAGGGACACUAUUUCUUGGCAAGUUUUGUUCAGAGGAGGUUUGCCAUUGCCUUUCCUUGAGGCAGAGAGAGUGUGACUUCCCCAGGGUCAUCUAGUGGUUUUCAUGGUUGAGCUGGGAUUCAAACCCUGCUCUUUCAUAUAUAUUCAUUAUAUUCUGUUUGUUAUUUACUAGGUAAUGACAGUGAGGAUAAACCCAGAGAGGCGAUUCCUCCCCAAAUGAUGAAAGCUGUGGUCCAGAUGGAAAUCUUCCUCUCAAGAGUCCUGUGAAGCCAGACAGACAUCCAAGAUGAAUCGAGAGAAAUGUCUGAGGAAGUCCCAUGCCAGAGCGAAAGAUCUCUUUGAUCCAACGGCUGUAAAAUAUGCAGAAAAGCUCACAAAUUUUGGCCAAGGCCAGGAGAAUGAGAUUGAGAAAGAAGAACAAGCUCACUCAAGGGAAGUCUCUAAGGAAGGAGAAUGCCAUCUGUUCAAGGAAGCAAGUGAAGGGGAAGUUUCCCAAAGGCCUGAGCAGACAAAACCUUCCAGAAGUCCACAAAGAUUGGUGCAGAGGCGACAAGGAAGCCACUGGAAGAGGAGUACAGAAGAAUCAAUUCCAUGUUGGGUAGGUGAAUUUGCAGGCCAGGAGGAAAUCCAUGAAAACCAGACACCAGAGACGUUGACUGAACAGAAUAACAGCUCAAGUCUGGCUGUCCAUAGCAGAUCCCAGGCAGAGGGGAAAAUAUACCAGUGCUUAUACUGUAUGAAAGUAUUCAAUGCACACUUUAAACUUAUUAGACACCACAGAAUUCACACAGGAGAGAAGCCAUAUAAAUGCUCAGAUUGCAGCAAGAGUUUUGACCAGAAAGGAAAUCUUACUGCUCACACAAGAAUCCAUACGGGAGAAAAACCAUUUGCUUGUUCAGAUUGUGGGAAAAGCUUCAGUCGCAAAGGAAGCCUUGUUUUGCAUAUGAGAAUCCACACUGGAGAGAAACCAUACCAAUGCCCAGAUUGUGGAAAAAGCUUCAACCAGUCAGGGGCCCUUAAGGAACAUGAGAAGACCCACACAGGAGAAAGGCCGUAUACCUGUUUAGACUGUGGGAGAAGCUUCAGAACAGUCUCAGAGCUCACAACACACCACCGGUUUCACACAGGAGAGAAGCCGUACAAAUGCUCCGGCUGUGCGAAAUCCUUCAGUACAAGCUCUAACCUCAUUGCCCAUCAGCGCACCCAUACAGAGGAAAAACCAUAUAAAUGUUCUGACUGUGGGAAAAGAUUCAACCAAGCCGGAAAUCUUAAGGAACACGAGAGAAGCCAUACUGGAGAGAAGCCUUAUAAAUGCCCAGACUGUGGGAAAAGUUUUAGGCAGAUUUCUUACUUUAUUAAACACCGUCAAACACACCUUGCUGAUGAGGGGAUGCAUGUGGAAGAAAAGCCAUAGAAAUGCUCCGAUUGUGGGAAAAGUUUCAGUGAGAAAGCAAGCUUUGGCAGACAUCAGAGGAUCCACACUGGCGAAAUACCAUUUAAAUGCUCAGACUGUGGCAAAAGGAGAAGAACCAUAUAAAUGUUUAGAGUGUGGUAAAAGUUUUAACAGGCCAUCGCAACUUAAGGCACAUGAGAGGACCCACAAUGGAGAGAAACCGUACCUGUGCUCUGAGUGUGGAAAAGGCUUCAUCUACAACCAUCACCUUGUGAGACACUGGAGAAAUCACACUGGAGAGAAACACUAUAAAUGUCCAGAGUAUGGAAAGGGAUUCAGUCUCAAAUCAAUGCUUACUAAGCAUCAAGGAAGCCACAUUGAUGGGAAGUUAUAGAGGUGCUUCAGGUAGCCUUUAAGCCUAAUGAACAUAUGAAUCUCCACCAAAUCCUGAGUGUGAGAUCUGAUGAGUAUCAGAUGGAGAAGAUUUGGCCUGUGUGUCAGUAUCCCACUUGUGCCAAAACACCUGGACCAAAUGGAAAUUUGGACACUUUAAAUUUUCUUAAUAAGAAACUAAUUCAGAGGCAUACUCAUGCUAGUAUAGAAUACCAGUCUGCAAAGGGCUCUUGUAGCACCUUUGAGUCUUUACAGUGCAAAGGAAGUUGUUGUACAGUGGAUCCUCCACAUUCACUGGGGUUAGGGGCAAAGAUCCCCCAUUAAAGUAGAAAAACCUCAGAUAAAAAAACCACUUUUUUUUUUAAACCAGUGAGAACACCUCUCUAAUAAUCUCUAGGUCCUCCAGGGAAAUUACGUGGUUAAGAUCUGCCAGAAGUUGACCAUGAAAUUGCCCUGAAGGACCUACAAAUGCCUAGAGAAGUGUUCUCUCUAGGAAUCUCUGGGUCAUCCUGCGUGCCUUUUGGCAGAGGUUGGCAAUAAAGUUAUGCUGGAAGACCUAGAGAUUCCUGGAGAGAAUAUAUUAAUCAAACCCAUCAAUAAUCAAAUCCACAAAGGUCAAAGCCACAAAUGUAGAGGGCCAACUGUCUAAGCUUUCACAGACUUCGG